AUGUGGCGGCUACGUCGUUGGACUAUGAAAGCUGCUGUGGCAUGGACUCUCGUGUCUAAUUCAUUAGGCACCGGUGCCUAUGCCGAUUCCAAUGGCGCAGCUUCUCUUGCUCAACAUGAUCCAGACCAUCCACACUGCCCUUCAGAAUGUUUGGCCGAUUCUUCCACAGAAUGGGCCAGUCAUUCUUCUGUGGAAGGACUAGCCGGAUGCAAGGAGCCUGUACGACUCGAUUUGACGUUGAGAACGUCCGUGGACGACGGUUCAAGUCCCUUGCUCGUUCGCGCAUGCACUCUUACGGAUACUUUUGCAAAUAUUCGGAAUGAAAGCAAUGCGAAAAAUACUACCAGAUCAACCAUCGGGGGCAAAUGCGACUCUUCUGCUGUUCUGACCAAGACGAAGCUUGAUCUUGCAGAAAGCUUGACGACAUCCAGCCAACACACAAAUACGCAACUCCUUUUGGCUUUGGAGCAGUUGAAAAAAGAAUUUACCCGAAUUUCAGAGGGUUGCAGCAACCGAAUUGUCUCGAUUCACUCCGACGGCAUUAUCGUCGGCGCCUAUAUUGGCGUGGCGUUUGAUAUAAGCUCGGUUUCAACUGUCCUAGACAGACUAACACGGCGUGCAAAGGAAUCGCCUGCACCGCAAAAGAUGAUGGCACAGAUAUGCGAUGAAAUGCGCGACGCAGGCCACAUUAUCGGUGUGACCGUCGAUUCCACAGCCAACGUCGAGUUCAUUCGUACAUUGCUUUUGGAGUGGAACAAUGCAACUUGCCAAAGCGAAUCCAUCCUGGGUACUCAUCAUGUCGAGGACAUUGGGGUUUGGGAGGUACCCCAGAGUCCCGUCAACACUGGCAACCAACGGAUCAUUCAUUUUCAUCAUGCUCGAGACGAUUUCAAGUCAAACAAAGCGGACCCAAGAGGGCCGUUUGAGGAGCCUUCCAAAUCCCACAGAGAUGUGCUUCCUACUCUGCAACCAGAUCAACUCGAGAAUGGGCAUGGAAGUAUACCUUUGGACGAGCCGGUUGAAGAUGUAUUGAAUCCUCCUUCAACAAUGAUAGUGAUAUCUACGAAUGGGCCGGAAAGUGAUUCCCCGAGCACAGUAGUGCUUCUGCCGUCAGGAAGAAGAUCCAAGGAGAAUGCAACCAAGGGGACUCAUCCGCUGAUCGGCACACCUUUGGAUUCUGCUCCCUGGACCCUACUGCAACCAGUGCAAAGAAGCACAGUUCAUGAAACGACCGGAACAAAGGCGUCUAAUCGACAGGAUCCAAGUAAUGGUAUGUUCGUAUCUGCGAGCCAGGUAAUUUCAGCGCCACCAAACACAUUACCUAGACAAACGGGCAUUCCUUCAGAUGAGCCAUUACAAAUUUCAUCGGACCAUGCAGGAAGCAGGGGUGUGGAAGAGUCCACAACCCUAUCAUCUGAUGUCCUCCUGAGCAGGCCAACGGACGGGCAAGGCAACUACAUUUCCACAGACCCAAUACCGGAAUCACCCAACAGCGGUGUAAUAAAGCCAGCUUCAGGUCCGUCAGAUCCAACAAAUACAUCCGCCAAGGCUCCAGUAAAGCCGACGGGUAGGAAGUCAAAGGAGCCAUUCGAUAGCCUGACAACAGACAACAUGGUCGAGUCAAACGUCCCGACGAAAAGGCUGUCGGAGUCCGCUUCUACCAAUUUAUUGAACCGACCAACCGACGGCUCGGACCCAACGUCAACAAAGCAACCGAUUGUAUCGACUGGUAUGUUUACGGACGUUCCUUUGGUUGACUCAACUGUUGACGACGAGUUUCCGUCAAACACCCAAGUUAUUACGACGAGUUACCCAGCCAUGGGGACCCCUGACCACGUCUCAACUGAGCCGUUUGCCAGACCCUCGGAAACGACUUUAUCGGAUUCAUCACGGACGAAUACGAUAUCGUCAUCACAUACGAAUCCCAUAUCGUCAUCACAGACGAAUCCCAUAUCGUCAUCACAGACGAAUCCCAUAUCGUCAUCACAGACGAGUUCGAUAUCGUCAUCACAGAUGAACCUGAUUAUUGUGCCGCACUUUGGGAAUCCAACCAGGCCACCGGCUAGAUCAAGUGGCACAACUAAAGCAUCAAUGAAUCCCAGCACGAACCCGCCGGACGAGGUUUUACCUGAGACGACAAGCAGACCAACUCCAGACAGGACAUCGACACCCGCUGCAGUGAUUAUAGCACCGCCAGUUGGCAUGCCCACAAGGCCCCUGAGCGGCCCCUCGGAACAACCCUCCCUCAGCUCACGGAGGACUCCUUCCGGGAGUGCACCGUCCGAUCUGCCGUUGCCUGAUCCUCCAGCGAGCCCGGCUCCGCCACCGGGAUCACAUCAACCGUCACCACCAGGGCUUCCGCCGCCACCAGGGCUUCCGCCGAUUCCGAAACCAGAGUUGCCCCAGUUACCACGGCUUCCUGGGCUACCGCCGGUUCCAAAGCUGCCAAGUCUACCACCACCGCCGGGGUUACCACGGCUUCCCGGAUUACCACCGCUUCCCGGAUUACCACCGCUUCCAAAGCUGCCAGGGUUUCCAUUUUUCCCAAUUGGCAGACCAGCAAGUCCGGGGCCGGGGCCGGGGCCGGGGCCGGGACCAGGGCCGAGUCUUCCGAAUAAAGCCGGAAAGCCUGCAGCACCGAAACCUCCGCCGGUGCCCGAGCCGGUGCCCGAGCCCGAAAAAGCGACAGAUAUUCCGACAAGCCGGCCGAGCAGCGAUUCAUCAAGCCAUUCAACAAGAAGAGAAACAAGCAUUCUAUCGGCUAGCGAGACCAACCCUUUUACAGACGACAGAAUAAGCAGCGAGCUGGCCAGCAGCACGAUCGAUACGCCGAGCCAGACAAAUGGCGCUAUUUCGACGAACAAACCCACCAACACAUUCACAGGCACGCACACGGAGCAAAUAUCAAGUCCAACACGCAGUCCGACAAACAAGGCGACACGCCGCCCGACUCACAGCCCAACCGGGAAGGGUUGCACCGAAAUCGUGGCCAAGGCCUGUACUGAGAUUGUGUCCAGCAAGCGCAUCAAAGUCCCCGUGAGCGGGUGGUCGACGACGACGAGAACGGUGUGCACGUCGACGACGGCAUGCGAGGUGCGCGACACGACGACGACGACGACGAUUGUGACAAGCAUACCAAGCUUUUACGUCGUCACGCCGACCGUCGCCAACGACUACAAACCCAAGACUGUGCCUCCCAACAGAUCGGCUCUCGAAAACUACCGCUCGUGGGAGAAGUCGAUGCAUCGCAACUCGACCUUUACGACGAUGCCAACACGGACAAAGACUCAUGGCACAAGAACCACAGACAAGCACUCGCGCACCAAGUUGUGGACUGAAAUGAACAUGAUGAAAAAGACGACAACGUCGAGCAAGACGCCGGUACCUACCACUACGACCCAGCCGUCGCCGCCAAAGCCGCUGGCCGAGUGUACCUACAAGUCGACGUUUAACUUUGGCAUCUCCUAUACACACUAUUUUGUCAUUGACGAGAUACGGGGCUGGGGUGCCGCAGGUCAUCACCUCAAGUCCCUGGUUUCCCAAUGCGACACCCUGACCAACUGGAACUUUAAAGAAGCAAGCGGCCGGCAUGGGGCCCAGGCUAAGUUCAGGUUGAAGAGCGGCAGGGUAAGCUGCGUGGAGGAAUGCAUCAUCAUGGCUGGAGGGCCGAAGAUUCGAUGCUUCUAA